AUGCGGGUCGUUGAAGAAGAUCAAAUCAGAUGGAAAGGCUUGGGAUCAUUUUUCUUUCGCCAGUUGCCUGGAUUAUUGCAUUCGAUACUUGUGGAGAUGGGAAGCAGUGAAGACAUGGAUAUGUAUUCCAAUGUGCUAUACGUAAAGGAGUGUUUCUCCACUUUGAGUUACCUUGCUCACAGGGUAUCCUUGACUGAUAAAUAUAGACCUGAGUCUUGUUGCAUUAUUGGGAACUAUUAUAGUUUGAAGAGGCAGCAUGAGAAGUCAGUUGUGUAUUUUAGGAGGGCACUCAAAUUGAACAAAAAUUACUUAUCUGCUUGGACACUCAUGGGUCAUGAGUAUGUUGAGAUGAAGAACACUCUAGCUGUUGUUGAUGCCUAUCGAAGGGCUAUAGAUAUAAAUCCGUGUGAUUAUCAAGCCUGGUAUGGGUUGAGACGAGUAUAUGAGAUGAUGAGCAUGCCCUAUUAUGCUCUUCAUUACUUUCGAAAAUCAGUUUUCCUACAGCCAAAUGAUUCUCAGUUAUGGAUUGCCAUGGGUCAGUGCUAUGAAACCGACCAGCUUCAAAUGCUUGAGGAUGCCAUCAAGUGUUACAAAAGGGCAACAAAUUUUAAUGACACUGAGGCAAUAGCUCUGCACCAGCUAGCAAAGCUAAGUAAGGAUCUGAAGCGUUCUGAAGAAGCUGCAUUUUACUACAAAAAAAAAAAAAAAAAAAAAGAUUUGGAGAUGAUGGAAGCUGAAGAGAGGGAAGGGCCAAAUUUGGUUGAAGCUCUGUUUUUUCUUGCUACAUACUACAAAUCCCAGAAGAGAUUUAAAGAAGCAGAGAUCUAUUGCACCCGUCUUCUUGAUUACACUGGCCUAGAGAAGGAAACUGCAAAGAGUUUACUUCGGGGAAUAAGAAAAGCACAAUCUGGUUUCCCUUCUAUUGAUAUUGAGCAUUUGCCCCCCUGA